CUCAUCCUCUCGCUCGCCGAGGUGUUUUAAAAUACCAGCUCCUCUUCAGAGCUUUCAGCUGCCUUGGUGAAUCCCUGUGCUGGAGGUUUAACAUUCGGAGGAAUGGCUUGGUGCGGGACGCGGAUUGGAAAUGAAUGACAGUUUGCAAAAAGGAAGAGGACUUCACUUUGGUUCACAGUCGCACUGCUGGUGGUGUCUGUUUUCAUACUGACCAUAGGGCUGGCAGCUACCACGCGAACAGAAAAUGUUACUGUGGGAGGCUACUACCCAGGCAUUGUUCUUGGCUUUGGAUCUUUCCUAGGGAUUGUUGGAAUCUACUUGGUAGAAAACAGAAGACAAAUAGCAAAUUCAGGAGGGAGGCAGAGAUUUCAAAGGUGUGCAGUUCCAUCAAGUUUCAUGAAAAUUCACAGCUGGUGGCCUCCAUUGUGUUUAUCAGUUUUGGUGUUGUAGCAGCCUUCUGUUGUGCAAUAGUUGAUGGAGUGUUUGCAGCACGACACAUAGAACCCAGACCUCUGUAUAACAAAAGAUGCCAGUUUUAUUCAAGUGGAAUAGGAUUCCUAUAUGAUGCCUACCAGACUGAGGUGACAUGUCAUACCUUGAACAGCAAGUGCCAGCUGAAAGUGAAGAGUAACACAUGCUAUUGCUGCGAUCUGUACAACUGUGAGAAUUCAGACCAGUCCUCCAGCUACUAUGAGUUUCUGGGCGUGAGCAGCUGCCAGGACGUGCUUCACCUGUACAGACUGUUGUGGUCCUCCACAGUCCUCAACAUCAUCGGGUUGUUUCUGGGCAUUAUCACGGCAGCCAUUCUGGGGGCAUUCAAAGACAUGGUACCUCUGUCCCAAAUGGCUUUCAGUGCUGCACCUCCUCCUCAGAUCCUGUACAAUCCUGCCCAGCAGAUCCUGACAUACGCUGGGUUCUGUCCUUCCACAGCAACAAUUCCUGCAUAUCCAUCCUACCCAUUACCCCUUCAGCCUGCCAGCAAUUUUCCAGGAACGUCAUCUACUGACAUUUCUUUAUCAGAAGAAACUCAGCCUCCAUCUCAGUCCAGCUCCAGCUAUGGUCUCCCCCCAAAUGCUCCAGCCCUCUAUACACCAACUUACUGCUUGCCUGGAGAAAAACCUCCACCAUAUGCACCAUAGAACAAAGAAGUUAUUUUAGUAGCUGGUAGGCUUUUAUUUUGUUUUAAAGAAACCUCUGGAAACUGUGCUGUGCAGGCACUAGACUUCCCAAAGCAGCCCAGCACAGAGUGUGUUACUGCCACUACUUCCAGGGCAGAGCCUGGAGCUGUAAGGGCAGGCACACCAUCACUCUGUUUGCCUGCAGUCAGAUGUAGUAGAACUUUCUGGCUAUUGUAAGCAUGAGAUGUUUCCCUCUCAGUCCACUGCAGAAUAGAUUUUCUUCAAUAGGAAAAAUGAAGAAAACACUCUGGAUAUGUGUUCUGCUUUCAUAAACAAAUAUCGAGGGGUUUUAGCCUGUGUUGUCUGAGUGGGUAGCUGGGAGCUCUCAGAAUCAAUCAUUUUGGGUAGCAAGAGUUUGUUUGCUUGUAGUGUUUAAUAAUUCUUCUCAUGAAAGUGUUGUACCAAUAAAGUGUGGCAAUUAUUUUACAAAGAA